AUGCAACCAGUAGCAAGCUUGGCAAUCAUCAUCCCUCCACUAUGUACACAAGUCUGGCUGUACCGUCCGAAGUGGGAAGCCCUUAAUAUUACACGCGCACCUUUACAAAGCGCAGUUGCUGUUAGAUAUGCGGCUACUACAGCCUUGAGUCUUGGUGGAGUGAGUGUGUGUCUUUUCCUAGUCAAGAGCUCUAAUAACGAGCCGUGGCCCGGUAUCAGUGCGACUUGUUUUCUUGACUGCGUAGCCUGUUGCAAGCUGUACCUGUCGAUUUGA